UCCUCCUCCUGUUUUUGUGGUCCAGAGCUCAAGCACGCUGCACCUCCCAUUCCUCCUUUAAUAAACAUGGCUGAACUGAACACGGACGGCGGAUUUUAGGACUCGCACACACUCACACUGUUGAUUCACACAAGAAGACUGAGCAUGACGUGAAUGUUUACAGCGGGGAGCCAAAGCUGCAAAAGUUUGAGUUUGACAGCCGCCGACGAAGAGACUUGAGCGGGACAGACCAGCUCCAGCUGAAAUACUACUGCAUGCAAAGCGGAGACUAAAUACUGCUUUUGCAUUUAUGGAAACUAUGCUUGUCUACUGAAGAAACCCUGGAUUUAUUGCUCUGAAGUCGCCCAAAACAGUUUGGCUUACAUUUGAACGAGUUUUAAGCUGCUCUUAUGUGGAUUUACAGUUCGCGUUUUUGUUAUAUUGUCCUAUUUAAAUGAUGUUCUCCGGUAAACAAUCGAAGCCGACUUUUAAGUCUUAUCUUCCUCCACUUCAGACUGACCUGAAGAAAAGUCCUCAACUGCCCAUCAAGAAACUAGAAGCAAAACUUCUACCAGGUGAAAUAGUUGUGAACGAGGCUAACUUUGUAAGAAAGUGCAUCGGUGCAGAAAGCUGUCAGGAUGACCUCUGGGGGAAACUUGUGUGUACUAACUUCAAAGUUUCCUUCAUUUCCCAUAACUCCUUGCCACGACAGAGAUUCCAGUGCACCCACCGCCUCUUGGGUGAGCAUGAUAUCCCGCUGGCUUGUGUGGAGCAGGUAGUAACAGUGAAUGAUGUUAAGGGGAAGCAGAAGAUUUUAGGUUCCAAUCAGAAGCUGAAAUUUAACCCUACUGAGCUUAUCCUCUACUGCAAAGACUUCCGAAUCAUCAGAUUCCGCUUUGAUGAAGCUGGACCCGAGAGUGCUAAAAAGGUUUGUCUGGCCAUCGCUCAUUACUCCCACCCUGCUGACCCACAGCUACUCUUUGGCUUUGAAUAUGUCGGAAAGCGAUACCAUGGAUCAGCGGGUGAGCAGGUGAAUGGUGUUGACCCUGGCGGGGGGAUGCAGACCCCCCUGUUCGACUGCUCCUCAGACUGGGACAGAGAGAUCAAGCGUACUGGUGCCUCUGAAUGGAGAGUGUGUACCAUAAAUCAAGGCUAUUUCAUCUCGCCCAGUCUCCCAGAAUUCUUUGUGGUUCCGGUAUCUCUAGCAGAUCAGGAUCUGAAGCAAUAUGCCUGCUUCUUUUACUCCCAGCGUAUCCCGUUAUGGUGCUGGAAUCACUCCAGUGGGAGCGCUCUGGUCCGCAUGUCUAACAUCAGUGACCCGCAGCAGCAGAGGAAGGUGGAGCAGCGGAUUUCCAGUGCCAUCACUAAGAGCCACCCCCUCCGCAGUGAUGUCUUCAAGUCGGAUUUGGACAAAACCCUCCCAAACAUCCAGGAUAUUCAGGCUGCUUUGCUGAAACUGAGGCAGAUUUGCGUUAUAGAUCCCUUUGAGGAGUCUGAAGAGAAGUGGCUGUCAUCCUUAGAGAGCUCAAGAUGGAUGGAGUAUGUCAGAACAUUUCUACGGCAUGCAGUAGAGGUAGUUUAUAUGCUGGAGAGAAGAAAUGUGCCUGUCAUACUUCUAGAGAACGAGGAUCGGGACCUGAGUUGUGUGAUUUCCUGUCUGGUGCAGCUGAUGUGCGAUCCUCACUGCAGGAGUCUGCAUGGCUUUCAGGGUCUGAUUCAGAAGGAAUGGGUAAUGGCUGGGCAUCGGUUCCUGGACCGCUGCAACCACCUGAAGAAGAAUGACAAAGAGGAGUCUCCUGUGUUCCUGCUGUUCCUGGACUGUGCGUGGCAGCUGUGGAAUCAGUACCCAGCAGCCUUUGAGUUCACUGAUGUGUACCUGACAGUGCUGGGGGACAGUAUGUGGGUUCCCAUCUUCAGCACCUUCCUCUUCAACUGUCCCCGACAAAGAGCAGAGAACAGCAGGGAUUUUGCAAGCAGUAAGAGUAUUCACCUGGGGCAGGACCAGGCUCUGCGCUUUCCUCCGGUGUGGGACUGGUCUCAACAGUUCAGUCUUAAAGACCAGACUCUUUUUAAUAAUCCCCUGUAUGUGGGCAAGAUCGCCACCUGUGUGCAGAACGGCACAGUGAAGACAUUCACACACAGACGCAGCAAGAAAAACUACAGCUCCACGCUGCGGGGUCUGCCCUCUGCUUUUCGAAAUGGAUCGAUUGGACCGAACGACACCCUGGCGCGCCGGAACUCCCUCGUGCUGCGUCUCCGCUCAGAUUUGUCUCAGGUGCGGGAGCAGCAGGAGACUCCAUCGGAACGCUUCAUCCGGGACUUCUUCUCUCGUCCUGUCGACCUACAAGGCCUGCUGCUUCCCCAGCUCCUCCCGUCUCACCUCUCUGUCUGGAAGCUCUACUUCCUGCGCUGGGUUCCCGAGGCUCAGAUUCCUCAGGGCGGCCCCAUCACCACCUUCCACAAGCUCUCAGUGCUCACAGACGAGAUUGAAAUGCUCCAGAACCAGUUGAAGCAGUACAAAGGAGCAGGCGGUACUCCUAACAACCUGCACGUGGAGCCCAGCAAAAUGUACUUUAAGUCGAGUUCGACCCCUCACCAGCCCCCUGCUCCUCCAGAGUACCUCAGUUCCUCGUUUCCUUUCUCUCCUGUGGGUAACCUGUGUCGCCCCGGCAUCCUGGGGACUCCUCUUAGCAAGUUCCUCAACGGAGCCAAGAUCUGGCUCUCUACGGAGACACUGGCUAAUGAGACGUUUUGAGGGCAGACUGCUGGGAUAGGACUGUGAGGUCAGACAAACAUGAAGAUCUUCUCAUUUUGAAUGUGCAGGCUUGUGGUACUGACUACCUGGAUUGAGAGUUGUCAGUCAGUGAUUUUUUUACAAUUUUUUUUUUUUGCACACGAUUAAAUAUAAAGCUCCAAUCGCACAUCGUUCUGACUUAGGAUUGUUUGGAUCUGUUGUACACUGCCUGUAUAUACUUUUCUCCUUGUGUUAAAAUACUUUGGUGGAUUUCUCAGUUUGAGGCUUGAGGCAUUAAUUGGAAGGGAAUUAGAACUUGUAAUACUUCAAUUUGUUAUCAUUAGUUAAUGCAUUAGGUAUCAUGAACUGACAAUAAACAGUUUUUACCACUUAUAUUAAAGGUUCAUAUGAAUACACAUACUACUGUUUGAGGUUUGGGGUCAGUUAUUUGAUCAAAAAUUAGGUAAAAACAGCAAAAUUUUGAAAAAUCAUUACAAUUUUAAACAACUGUUUUCUAGUUUAAUGUUUAUUGUUAUGACAGCAGAGAUGAAUUUUCAGCAGUCAUCACCCCAGUCUUCAGUUUCACAUCAUCCUUCAGAAAUCAUUCUGAUAUGCUGAUUUGAUUCUCUAAAAGCAUUUCUUAUUAUCAGUUUAUUCAUAAUACAUAUACUAUGUAACCAAGUCUAAUAAAUGCUGGUUCUUGAUACCUAAUGCAUUAAUUGAUGUGACAAAUUAAACAUUACUAUAUAGUGUUUUUGUAGAACAAUAACUGAAAUCUAUGGUAUAAAAUGUGCAUAUGUUUUAGCUUUUAAUCAUGAAAUAGUUGGAGAUUUCUUGAAACCUUCUGGUAAGGUCUAACCGUAAUUAGCUGUAUUAAAAUCAGUAACCAAAAUUGUGAAACUUGAUAUAGGAAUUGACAGGGUUUAUGGGUGUAAACCUGUAUAGCAGGCAAUAACUGUGCACAUAUGGGUGUCUGUCAGGCUGGCUGGAUUCCGGUCUGUUAGACCCCCUUCACUUUCUAAAGCACAGCUUGGGCUGUUUGAAGGUGACCGACAGCUGCUCAAGCCGGUCAGCCGGUUGAUUUGGCUUGAGUGCAGUCAGUGUCUCAAACAGCAUCUAACUGUCAGAAAAGACAUUUAUAAUUUGAGAAAGUUGUGCUAUUGCACCUGUGAACUUUAGAGUUAUUUUACUAGUGUGACUGUAACGUUGGUCUUGGUUUGAUAUGUAGCUUUUUUAAUUAUUUUUAUUAUGGUUGGGGACUGUAUUUUAUUAUUAUUUUUUUUCCCAAUUUAUAUUCUUUAACAACUUGUUCCUAGAACUGGUACUUACCCUUGUCCCCUGAUACCCUUUAACUAGUCUGAAGUAAUGCACAGUGUGUGUGUAGUUUACCAGUAGUGCUGUAAUAAGUAUGAAAACUGUGUUUGUUCUAAUGGCGCGGUUUGAUUUGUCAAACAGCGCUGAUAUUUAUUCAGUUAUGCAAAGAAACUUAAACAGGGAUAUUGUACAGAUCCUCUGUGCCUUGUUGUGGGCCCUCAUUGCAGUGUACCUGUUCCUUUUUCUGGUUAUUAAAAAGCUACAAAACGCAUCACAGGAGUUUCCCCUCUGGUGUGUGAAUGGAAGUAUGCUGACUAGUUCCAAAGCUUUGUGUGGCAGUUUAGAUAUCCGUGGUUGCUCAGUUGUGUCUGUGUAGAGAGUCAGUGAAGGUUCUUAAUUGUAGUUUUUGUUUGUGAGCUCAGGGGAGCCUUGUGAGGCAAUAUGCAAAAUUUGGCUCUUGAGAUUUUCAUGCAAAUAAAAAGAAUUGCCACCUUUGAAUGGA